CAAGAUAUUGAGGCUGUCAGCCUCUUCUCAUUUAUGAUUUUUACUCUCUUGUGGGGUGAGGGAUCCCCAAUCUUUCAUGUAGCUAUACCCUUAUUAUGUUGAUAGUUGCAAGUGAUUUCCUUUUGUUUGAAGUUUACAUGCCUUAAGUUUUGAUUUAGAAAGUUCGUUACACUCAAAUUGUGUUUAUGUUGCUCCCAUUCUGAAUGCAGUAACACCACGUGUUGGGAUCAUUAUGGGUUCUGAUUCAGGUCUUCCUGUUAUGAAGGAUGCUGCAAGGAUUUUGAAUAUGUUUGGUGUGCCUUAUGAGGUUGACUUCUAAUGAACUACAGGUUUCAGCUCACCGGACCCCUGAAAUGAUGUUUUCUUAUGCCUCAUCUGCCCUGGAGAGGCAUUCAGAUUAUCAUUGCUGGUGCAGCCCACUUGCCAGGUCACUCACUCCCGUGCCUGUUAUUGGUGUCCCCGUGCGUGCUUCUGCAUUGGAUGGACUUGAUUCACUCCUGCCCAUUGUGCAGAUGCCAAGGGGUGUUCCAGUUGCAACAGUUGCAAUAAACAAUGCUACCAAUGCAGGUUUGCGCGCAGUAAGGAUGAUGGGGAUUCGCGAUGCUGACCUAUUGGCAAGGUGGGUUUUUUCUCUCUUCCCUCUCUGGAAGUAAUACAAAAUUGUGUUGGGUAUGAAACCAAGAAAAAA